AUGGUCCGCCUUUUAACCAAUUUCACUCGUUUAUGCAAGACAACAGACGCAGGAGAAGAAAUUUGUUCAUGUGAUUAUCGUAUAAACCUAUAUGAUUGUCCACAUAGUGAAUUUUAUGUUUUUGGGGGAAAGAUGUUGAUACCAAUAUGUAUAUUGGUAACGAUAAUGUCUGGAGGAUUUUUAUUCUACCUUAUCAAGAUUAAGAAGCAACCGUUCUUCUUGAAUGCCGCACAAGAAAGAGGAUGGUUGAGGCCUAGACCUUUGCAUACUUAUCACUUGAUAGUGUUUGCUUAUAUGUUUUUCGAAGGACUUCAUUUGAUAUUUUUGGUAAAUGAAUUAUAUCCUAAUUUGAUAGCAGCUGAAAUUGGCAAUGUGAUGGCAGAUUCCACUUCGGCAGCCGUGGCAACAUUAUAUCCCGUUAGUAUAGUUUAUUCCACACCAAACGUACGAACUGAUAAUAGGAAUUCGAGCGUUAAAAAUUUUAAUUAUGUUGGACCAAACUCACGUGUAGUUGACAUCGUUGGAAUUUUAUUAUUUUUUGAACCAUUAGUCACGUUGAUCCCUUUGGCCUCAUUAGCUGGACAUUACGCUGAAAUGAAUGAUGUUAAAUUGGCAAAUACUUACUAUGUUGCACAUUACCUUGCUUGGGUAGCUUGGGAAAUUACAUACCUUACAGUAUUAGCAUAUUACUGGUACAGGUUAACAUCUAUAAUCAAAGAACAUAUCAAAGUAUUAGAAGAACGUGAAGCUUCCGGGGUUGCUAGUAACAGUCAUAUCGAACAUAUCAAACGAGGUACCAGAAAUCUAACUAUACCGGUUAUGGCGAUAGUUUUUGGAUUAUUAUUUCAGGCGAUUAUAUAUGUCUUUAUGAGUUUAACGCAUAGAAGCAAUACAGUUUAUUAUUUUGGAUGGAAUUUAUUUUAUUAUUGGAUUGGAUAUGUUGCUUUCCCAUUAUUGGGUUUCAGUGUUGAAAGUGCUUUGAUUUAUCUGAAGCCAGCAAGCUCUUCUAAUAAAUCAACAUCUUCAUCUUCAUCACAAUCUCACUUAAACUCGAAAACACUCAUCAGUAUGGAAAAUCAAGCAAUUAAUAAUACAAAUAGGAAAUUGAAUAUUACUGUCAACAAAGCUACUACUGCGACGGUUAUUCAACGCACUUCUGACACUACUGAAAUUAGUGUAGUCGAAGAUAAAGAAAUACCUUGA